GUUUGCAGUGGCCCAACAAACAUUCUCCGCACAAACACUCGUCAUUGUCAAUAAGAGAUGAAUAAGUCCGUGCUUAUCUUCCUGGUGGCGACUGUCGCCGUCGCCAUUUCCCACCAGCAAUUCCACCGGAUGUCACCACCGAGGCCGACGAGGGGCCUCGUCUGGUUGACGCCUUACUCGCCCUACAACAAGCCCGUCCUGGCCAAUUACCAGCCCAUCUUCGACAGUCAUCAAGACGAAAUCCACGAAAUCCCAUCCAAAAUAACUCCGCAUUCCUUCCGCCGGAAGAAUCGACCAUCCGUCUCAGUCACCUAUUUGCCUCUAAAUGAGGACCUGACAUUCACUGCAGAGGAGGACGACACACAAAAUAACAGCGAAGAGGACGAUGGCGAGUACCUGGAUGAAUACUCCGACAUCCAGUCGAGGAUCAAGUGGUUCAAAGGCUUCAACAAGAACAACGGCGGCCGAUUCAUCUACAGCAGCACCAUCAACAACCCCUUCUACAAAACGGCCACUUUUACCGUCACGUCGACCGUCACCACCCUCGGCUCUGUCAUCCUCUGCGUCCCGGCUAAUAAUUUAGUGGCCGUCCCGUCGCCAACCUGCGCCGGCCGCAAGAAACGUGAAAUCGAAGAUUCGGCGGACAAUCAAUUCCCCAUCGCUCCGUCGGAAACGCUCAAAGUAAUUCCGACGAUCCUGCCAGCAAUGUCGGCGGACGCGCUCCAGCCGACGCGUGAAUCCCGCGUGAUGUCAUUAGCCAGCCAAAUCAAAAGGAAUAAUAAGCCAUCAAAUGAUUUGCUCAAAUUAGUUUCGUCCUUGGAAGAAGUGAUUCAAACUUCUGAGCCGGCCAAUAUUCCGUCCAAGGAGAGUCAACAGCCAUUAGUACCGAGAGAGGAGCGAUUGUUUGGCGGUGGUGGAUUCGCGGCGUCCACCACUUUGACGUCCUAUUCGUUUAUUGGGGCAACUGUGACGAACACGGUUCUACUGGACCCGACAGGAAUGAUGCUGGCCGCCUGUUUGCCUGCCGGCUACGUUGUCUGUUAAUCAAUUAAUCAUUUAUUCAAUUAUCACAUAUUAAUGUGCUGUGUCACUUUCCAAUUUUGAAACAUAAUUCCGGUGGUUAUAAACAUUUUGCAAUAAUAUCAACAGUAUUAAACGUAUAAAAUCAA